GACGCCCCUCUCUCUCUCUCUCACUCUGCCUACAAAGCCAACCCGGCUCUACCUUUUUCUGCUUUUUCUAUCAUGGAAAUGUUUUCUAAUAGGCGGCGUUAAGAGUGUUGGUUUUAUUUUUUUUUGCACUUUCUCAUUCUGCAAUGUACGACCGUCUGGAUCCCCGCUCGGCCGAGAGAGGACGGCUUUUUGUAGGUAUAAUACAAGGAAGCGUCGUCUGAGAGAGAGGGAGAGAGAGGGGGAAGGAUUGACGCUUUUUCCUCCUCUCCUCCUCCUCCUCCUCCUCCUCCUUCCUUUCGCCCCCCCCUCGCCUCCUCUUUUUGGCGGAGAGGAGAAGUUGAGGCAGGAAUAAACGCUUCUUUUUUUGUUGUUGUGUUUGUUUUAACCCCUUUUUUUGUUAUUUUUAAUGCAUUUGAAUUCUACUGCGCAACGAGCUCAGGGUCACGUGGGCUUGGAGAGAGUUGGGUCGAUUUUUUGCACAGUUCAAUGUGAGAAACUGAGAGAAACAAACAACUCCUGUGUCUUUUUUCCUCUACUUCUGUGGAUAACUGGUACUGUUGAUACUUUUGCAUUAUUGCAAGAGGAGGCUGAGAGGGUUUUUGUUUGUUUUUCAGCCUUGGAGGUGUGGAGUAUUAAUUCUUAUAUGCCUGGGGUUUGAAAAACAAUGGAGACGCACAUUUCGUGCCUCUUCCCGGAAAUUUUGGCCAUGAUUUUCAGCUAUCUGGAUGUGAGGGACAAAGGCAGGGUAGCCCAAGUGUGUAUCGCUUGGAGGGACGCAUCCUACCACAAGUCAGUGUGGAGGGGGGUGGAGGCCAAGCUGCACCUCCGCCGGGCCAAUCCCUCCCUGUUCCCCAGCCUCCAGGCUCGGGGCAUCCGGAGGGUCCAGAUCCUGUCCUUGCGUCGCAGCCUGAGCUAUGUGAUCCAGGGAAUGCCAAACAUCGAGUCCCUCAAUCUGUCCGGCUGCUACAACCUCACAGAUAACGGGCUGGGUCAUGCAUUUGUUCAGGAGAUCCCGUCGCUGAGGGUGCUGAACCUGAGUCUGUGCAAGCAGAUCACGGACUCCAGUCUGGGCAGGAUAGCUCAGUAUCUGAAGAACCUGGAGGUGCUGGAGCUCGGUGGUUGCAGCAACAUCACCAACACUGGGCUUCUGUUGAUCGCCUGGGGCCUCCACAGGCUCAAGAGCCUCAAUCUGAGGUCCUGCAGGCAUGUCUCGGACGUGGGGAUCGGACACUUGGCGGGGAUGACCCGCAGCGCGGCGGAGGGCUGUUUGAACCUGGAGUACCUGACUCUCCAGGACUGUCAGAAACUGACGGACCUGUCACUCAAACACAUUUCCAAGGGGCUGACCAAGCUCCGGGUACUGAACCUGAGCUUCUGCGGGGGUAUCUCGGAUGCAGGGAUGAUCCACCUCUCCCACAUGGCCUCCCUGUGGAGUCUUAACCUCCGCUCCUGCGACAACAUCAGCGACACGGGGACCAUGCACCUCGCCAUGGGCACCCUGAGGCUCUCCGGGCUCGACGUUUCCUUCUGCGAUAAGAUAGGGGACCAGACCCUGGCUUACAUUGCCCAGGGGCUGUACCAGCUCAAGUCCCUGUCCCUGUGCUCGUGUCACAUCUCCGACGACGGGAUAAACCGGAUGGUGAGGCAGAUGCACGAGCUGAGGACCCUGAACAUUGGACAGUGUGUGCGCAUCACGGACAAAGGGCUGGAGCUCAUAGCCGACCACCUGACCCAGCUGGCGGGCAUCGACCUGUAUGGAUGUACCAAAAUCACAAAGAGGGGACUGGAGAGGAUCACACAGCUCCCCUGCCUUAAAGUGUUGAACCUGGGACUCUGGCAGAUGACAGAGAGUGAGAAAGUGAGGUGAUUGGAAGUGUUUUUUUGUGUUUUCGUUCUUUCUGUUUUUGGACGGGGACCGAGGGGGACACGAGGAGCAGAAGGAGGGGUAUUAGAUGGGCGGGUAAACUUCUUUUCUUAUUUAAAAAAAAAAAAAAAAGAGAGAAAACCUCCCUUUUCCCCUCUGUGUGUGGUUGUCUAAGGUGUGCUUCUCCCAUGUGACCAAUAUUUUGUGUUCAAAUGUUUUAUUUUUCUCUCUGUUGGCCUUGCAGGAUUCCAAUUAGUGUUUUAUAUGACUUAAUAUUCUGCCUGGUAGGAAGCAAUUAAAACGUACUUUUGCUACGAGCUCAUGAAAAUCCCCGUUAACAAUUGCUUUGAUCUCGUAUUGGGAUUUAAUAUCUCAGAAAUUCUGACAUCAAACUGGAACAACAUGCAAUGCAAAUGAGCUUGUUUUCACAUAUUUAAAAAGGGGUUAUUUGAAUAAUCUGCUUACUGGCACUUGCUUCCAGAAAAUUGUUAAAGUGAAACUUGCAUCCAUCCAAAGUUGCAUUCAUCUUUUGGUUUUAAAGCAAAGUGAGGUUUGAAAACUUUUUUUUAAAUUUUUAUUUUUAACAGUGAGUCAGGAUUUGAGACAUUUACGACUAAUCUCCGCUACAGCCAUCACGCCUAAAACAUUUGGCUACCUCGUAUGUGGUUGUUUUCAAAGGGUGUAUACUGUUAAGAGAAAAACAGAAGGAAAGCAAGAAUGAGAGACUGGGAGAAAAUGUGCCUAAAGGGACUGUGUCUGCCCCCUCCCCCCAUCCCUCCCUCCCUCCCUCCCUCCAUGAGCAGAGCUGGAGAAAGGAGACCAGGACACAAUCUAACUACCUUUGUUAAUUUACCCCCAUAAACAGCAACAAUUUCCCAGAGAGAGAGAGAGAAGGGACAGCAAGCUGUAAAAUCUUUUCAGAUUUUAAUGAUGACGCUUUAUGCAAAAAAAAAAAGCAACAAAAACAUGAAUCCGCUAGUGUGCAAGAGCUUUUUUUAUUGUUUCUUUUCCUUAUUUUUUAGGGAUAAAGUCCAACUUUCAUGCCCUUUAGAGACGUGUUGUGUUCAAGCUUUGGCCAAUAAAAAGGAGACAAGAUUGUCAGCUUAUCCUUAGAAUAAAUACCUACAGUCAUUCUAUAAUAAUACAAUAGAUAUAGGAAUAUUAUAGUGCUACAAUGCUAAAUAAACAGUACGACCAGGCUGUCAUUAAACAUACUAUACAUCCAUGUAAGUUUUUUUUAUAGGAAUAGUAUAGUGCUACAAUGCUAGAUAAAUAAGAAAAAUAUGAUCAGGCCGUUGUUAAACAUAAUAUACAUCCAUGUAAGUUUGUUAUAGGAAUAUUUGGUAUUUUUUCUGAGGGAUGCUGGUGGAAAUAAAUGUCAUUGGAUGUUUUUCAGAGCGCCGUACUUCAAAUUGAAGUGAUUUCUAUAUCUUAUACCCUUUAUUGAUCGAAACAAAUCAGGGUUUGUCUCAUGGCUUUAUUUUCCCACGUUAACGGCAACACAGGUCGCAUUCAUAUUCAUGUUGCUCUCCGAGAGAGGAGAGUAGGAAUAUCUUUUUUCCCCUCCUCUUUUUCUCCAUCUCUCCCUGAAUAAAAAUACCCCCAAUCCAUUUUGAGACAUGCCUAGAAUAAGGAGCAAUCGAUUAUUUUUCUUUCUCUCUCUAUCCGUGUCGGGUUACAAGCGGACUGCGUCUCUUUCCCUCCCCAUCUCUCUCUCUCUCUUUCACACACACACAUUAACACACACAUGCACACAUGGAGGCCUGUGUGUGCGCGUUUUAAUGUAAUGCAAUGACCUGCUAGAAAAAUUAAUAUACGGAUGUGCGUCCUGCUGAAAAAGCUGUGUGUGUUUGAAAAAUUAAAAAAGAUGUACUGUAUAUUAUGUGUUUGUAAAGAAGAAAAAAAUGCAGAAUCCCAAAAUUAAAUUGUUUUAUAUUCUUACGGUUAAAACAAUUAAAGAUAUUUAUA